AUGUUGAAACAGCCGGAGGGACGUGGAAAAGCCGAAGAAGGCAGGCAAGAAAAUAAAGUAAUCGAGUUUUCCGCGUGUAAAAACAGAAUUGUCUUGCCAAAUAAUACGGGUAUCAAUGGUACCCAGACGGGCUCUGCUCACACAAGGGCAGAAAGAGGUAAGGGCGUAGAAUGGAUCAAGUCAAAAAUCGCAGAAAAAAGUAGUGAAAAUUGUUAUUCCUGCCAUAUACCCACAUCGUCGUCUCACGAUGUGGUAAAUAUUCCGGGUAAAGAUCUGGAAGUUGUAUAUAUGAUGCCCGCCCAUAACUAUCAUGCGGGCCGUAUUAUUACCAACAACCAAUGUGGUAUCUGUCUUGUGGGCAAGGCUUAUGAGAUUGAAGGUCGGGAGAAUGCGUGGGUGGCAGCUUACCACCAGCAAGUCAUCCCACUCUUUGACUCCCAGCAAGUCCUUUCCAGCAACCCCUCACUUCCCCUCUAUGCCCAAGCCCAAAAAAACCCUUUGACUGGCGACUGUCCUAAUUCGGAUGUCCCAGCGGCACUAACCGUAAUGGUCUCCGGUUUCAAUUCGGCUCUCGAAAUACACAUUCCUCUGUUACCAAUCGUCAUCCUAAACUCGAACGAGGCAGUAGUCAACUCGUGA